CGUAAUUCGGGGCGUUGCUAGCGAUGGCAGGCCGCUGGGGGCGCUGUGCAGGCUUGGCGCGGCGCUGGCCUGAGUCGGACCGUUUGCUUCUAGCUCCCGCUCGGACGAGCUUCCGCAUAGGACCUAGAUGCCGCUAACCCGCCGGCACUACUACCCGAGCCCACAAUCCGGGGUCGCCCCACCCGUCUGGGGCCCCGGAUUGUGGCGCACAUCCCCUGUAUCGCUUACACGCUGUGGGGUCCCUAGGAAGUACUUCGGUGGCUCUCCUAACCUCCAUGGCAGAGGCGGCUGCGAUGUUGAUUUUGAUUCCAUACGAACAUCAAAGCUCUAUAUAAGUCGGCCAUCUCGGCCUCUCAGGCCAAGAUGCGUCAGAAAGCAUCACGCACCACAGCCAGCCACCAUGAAGCUCUCCCUUGCCGCCCUCGCCGCCCUCUGCGCCGCCGUGCGUGUCCACGGACAUGGAUACCUGACCAUCCCCUCCAGCCGGACCCGGCUUGGCUCAGAAUCUGGCGUCGACACGUGCCCUGAGUGCACUAUCCUCGAGCCUGUGUCGUCGUGGCCCAACCUGACCGUCGCACCCGUCGGGCGCAGCGGGCCGUGCGGGUACAACGCGCGCGUCAGCGUCGACUACAACACGCCGGCGGGCAACUCCAAGUGGGGCGUGACGCCCGUGGCCACGUACGCGCCGGGGCAGGUGGUCGACGUGCAGUGGUGCGUCGACCAUAACGGCGACCACGGCGGCAUGUUCAGCUACCGCAUCUGCCAGGACCAGGCACUCGUAGACAAGUUCAUGACCCCGGGCUACAUUCCCACCGACGCCGAGAAGCAGGCCGCCGAGGACUGCUUCACCGCCGGCACGCUGCCCUGCACCGACGUGACCGGCCAGACGUGCGGCUACAACCCGGACUGCUCCCCCGGCCAGGCCUGCUGGCGCAACGACUGGUUCACGUGCAACGCGUUCCAGGCCGACAGCCGCCGCGCCUGCGAGGGCGUCGAUAACGCGGCCCUCGGCUCGUGCUUCACCACCAUCGCCGGCGGCUACACCGUCACCAAGCGCAUCCGCAUCCCCAACUACUCGUCGGCCCACACCCUGCUGUCCUUCAAGUGGAACUCGUUCCAGACGGGCCAAAUCUACCUGUCGUGCGCCGACAUCGCCAUCUCGGGCGGCUCCCCGACGACCCUCUCCACGAGCACCAAGUCGGCCACCACGGCGACUGGCACGGGAACUGGCACCAGCACCAGUGCUGCCGCCUGCACGCCGGCCGCGACCGUCGCCGUGACCUUCAACGAGCUCGUGACCACGUCGUACGGCCAGACGGUCAAGAUCGCCGGGUCCAUCGCGCAGCUCGGCAGCUGGAACACCGCCAACGCGCCCGCUCUGUCCGCGGCGGCGUACACGGCGGCCAGCCCGCUGUGGUCGUACACGGUCAGCCUGCCCGCCGGCACCACGUUCCAGUACAAGUUCGUCAACGUCGCCACCUCCGGCGCCGUCACCUGGGAGAGCGACCCCAACCGCUCCUUCACGGUGCCGACUGGGUGUGAUACGAAAGUGACGGUCAGCUCGUCGUGGCGUUAGCAGACUCUUGGUGGGGGCGGAUGAGGCACGAUGGAUGACUGAUGUGUGGAUUCUUGUUUCGUGUAUAUAUUUGAUGAUGUUUGCAAUUAAAAGUGUGGGAAGGUUUGAAUGGAACUGUUUGUUUGUUUUUCUUUUUUCUUCUUUCUUUCUUCUUGCCCAUUAUCGUCACUGGCUCAUCGGCGACAGAACCUUUGUCCUCGGGCUGGUUAUCUUGGCCUGCUGGUGAGGCAUUCUCAGGGACGUCAUCACCCCCCGGGGCCUCGUCGUUUGUAUCGUUGCUGAUUGAAGGACCGUCGGACGAGUGGUCCUCGGGAGGCUCAUGAAAUUCGUUCACUGAAUUGUACUCAUCAAGGUCUUCCAUAUCGGCAUCUUCCAAUUGAAGUUCAUUGUCUGUAAUCGAAGCUUCCUGAUUCUUAGGAGCGUCGCCACCUUCGGCAGCAUCGUUCAGAGCCAGGCCAUUCA